AUGGAAAGCCUUGAAGAACACCGGGUCUACCAUUACACAAAGGGUCGUACUCUAGGUCAAAAUACAGGUGGUACUAUCAAGGAUAUUAUUGCUGAGGGGAUGCAUAUCCUUACAAAAGGAAAGAAAAUACCACUCACAGACUAUAACAAAGCCUUUCAAAAGCUCCAAAAGCAACAACAACUGUGGUCUAUGGCUGAUCAAGCACUUCAACUAUUCCCAUCUACCCCACCUGAUACAAAGCCUAAUGUCAGAGUGCUUUCAACAACUCCAUUCCACCCUCUCACACCCAUUCAACCUAUUUCCAGUGCCCAGGAGUGCAUAUGCAAAGAGGAGACUAUGGUGGAUACACGUGGAGAACCUGAAGAGGAAGAAAAAACCAAAUUUGAGAGGCUGUUAGAUGAAGUAGAGCAAGGAGAGAAAAACUUAACUUUACCUCACAUUUUUGAGGAAGAUGUUUCUUUUGAUAUGAAUGAGGUCUUUGUUGAUGAAGGAAAAGAUGAGGAGGAAUUGAGCAAGAGUGAAUACAACGACUAG